CUUCAUAAACAGCUCGUCAACCACCUCGGUAGCUUGCUAGCCAACAUAGCCGAAAGAUUCAAGCUAUUUAGACGCUUUCGGUGUAUAUUAGCUACUAUGUUUAAGACACGCUUCUGUCGUAUCUACUUGUUAACCUAUUUCAUUUAAUAUUACGUUAUUUUGUAUUAGUCAGCUAUAGUAGCUGGCUGGUUAAGUUAGCACUAGCCUAGUCGCUAAUGAUAGCUAGCUAGCUAACAUCCCCGAACAUGAGCUCCCUAAACUACUCCCCUCAUGUAAAAGAAGAGGAGGUCUACUGGACGGAGAAAGAAGCUCUGGGGCUGAACAUUGUCGUGAAAGAGGAGAAGGAAGAGGAGGAUGUUACAGUAAAACAAGAAGUAGAUGGUGAGGAUGUUACAGUGAAAGAAGAAGAGAAAGACGUUUCAGUGAAAGAAGAGGAAGACGCGUUCAGAGUGAAAGAGGAGGAGGAUGUUACUGUGAAAGAGGAGGAUGUAGUUUUUGGAGUGAAGAAGGAAGGAGAGAUUACUGUCACAUUGAAAGAUGAAGAGGAGGAGAUAGGAGAUCUGAGUAACACCAGAGAGAAACCAGACUCUCACUCUGACAGCAGGAAGAGUCCUUCAGGGGAACCAGACACAGAGACGCCCAAACCAGUGAGACAUCACCACUGCUCCCACUGUGAAAAGAGUUUUCGCUGGUUAGGGAACCUAAAACUGCAUGAGAGGACACACACUGGAGAAAAGCCUUUCCAAUGCGCCCAGUGUGGAAAGAGUUUUGCUGUGUUAGCUAACCUGAAGAGGCACAAGAGAAUACACACAGGAGAAAAGCCUUUCCAAUGUUCCCAGUGUGAAAAGAGUUUUACUAAGAUAGGGCAAUUAAAAGAGCAUGAGAGAAUACACAAAGGAGAAAAGCCUUACCAAUGUUCCCAGUGUGGAAAGAGUUUUGCCGUGUUAGCUAACCUGAAAAGGCAUGAGAGAAUACACACAGGAGAAAAGCCUUAUCACUGUUUCCACUGUGGAAUGGGUUUUAUUCAGUUAUGGGACCUACAAGCUCAUGAGAGGAUACACACAGGAGAAAAGCCUUUCCAAUGUUCCCAGUGUGGAAAGAGUUUUACUCAGAUAGGGCACCUGAAAGCUCAUAAGAGGAUACACACAGGAGAAAAGCCUUUCCAAUGUUCCCAGUGUGGAAAGAGUUUUACUCAGACAGGGCACCUGAAAGCUCAUAAGAGGAUACACACAGGAGAAAAGCCUGCUCCCAGUGUAAAAAUAGAUUUUCACGAAUGGCGGACCUAAAAGCUCAUGAGAGGAUAGAGAGGAGAAAAUCCUUUCCAAUGCUCCCAGUCUGGAAAGGGGUUUACCUGGUUAGGGAGCCUGAAGGAGCAUAAGAGGACACACACGAUAAAAGUCCUACCACUGCUCUCUCUCCGUGUGGAAGGACAUUCAGAGAACCUGAAAUCAAAUGAGAGAAUAGAAAGGCUGUAUUCUGACUCAUAUUUUUGACUGAGAAUUUGUGUUUUUGUUUAUGCCACAUGAAAUCAUAUUGUGUAUGAUUACACCUGUCUACAUAAGGUCCCACAGUUGACAAUGCAUGUCAGAGCAAACACCAAGCAAUGAGGUCGAAGAAAUUG